GCUUCUCGGGGGGUGAGUAUGUAACUUGCAAUACCUUUUUUUCGGAGUUGGUGAAUAUUAAAAAUGCCAUUAACAUAGAGUGUGAAGAAGGAAGUCCCGUGGUGGGAUUAAUGGCCUCAAAUAUGAAGAGAAAGUUUGAAAAGUAUUGGGAGAAUAUGGAUAAUCAGAAUAUGCUAUUGUACGUUGGGAUUGUUCUUGAUCCUCGUUACAAGAUGCGAUAUCUUGACUUUGGGUUGAGAAAAAUGUAUGCAUAUGAUCAAUCAAAAAUCAUUGAUAUGAGUUGGAAGGUGAAAAAUGCAUUUAUCCGCAUGUAUGAGGCAUAUAUCCAAAAUGAAGAAGGGAGUUCUCCUCAACGCACAAGUUCCCCACGUGAAGAUGCAAGUCCUUCCACAACUCAGUCUACGAAUAGACAUGCUGCAUUGAUGGCCCAAUUUAAGCAAGAGUUACAGUCAGAAGACUCUUUGGAAAGCAGGUCAGAGGUUGAUAGAUAUCUAGCUGAAAAAUGUGAGGAUGAAGGUGAUAAUUUUGACCUACUAAAUUGGUGGAAGGUGAAUUCAGUUAGAUAUCGCGUACUUUCAAAGGUUGCACGCGAUGUACUUGCAAUACCGGUAUCUACUGUGACCUCUGAAUCUACAUUCAGCACUGCGGGUCGUGUACUUGACCCUUUCCGAAGUAGUUUAAAUCCGAUGAUGGUUGAGGCUCUCAUAUGUGCACAAAAUUGGCUCCGUUCUUCCUCUACUCCAAUAAGCCUUAGGACUUUAAUGGAUGAAGUGGAGGAAUUUGAGAAGCAGAUAGAUAUGGGAGAACUUGUUGGGGAAUUGGCUUAUUCUGCAGAAGGAUCAAAUGAAAUGGCUACCGAGUCUUAA